UUAAUAAUAGAAUUAGUCUCAACCAAACAGACCCCUAAUUUGAUUCUCUUCUUCAUUCUCUGCAAAACCCUACUUCAACCCCAAAAACCCAAUUAACAGAAAUUCCUUUUCACAAAAUCUCUUCCAAUGUCUUCCGUACUACUCCGUUCUCGUCUCACCAAUUUGAUAUCAAAGCGUAAUCGACGCCUCCUCAGUUCCGAUGUGGCCUCUAAUCCCCCCAAGGAGCCACUCAUCGCUGCCCAAGCUCUCGCCUCCGAUCAACCCCCGCCACCCGGUACUCCGGAAUCUUCUAACGCCUCCACUAGCAAGUCAUUGAGCUUUCUCAAGUAUUCUCUUAUUGCAGCUAUUACCGGAGCUACUGCCGCCACUGGUUACGUUUCUUACGCUUACUCUGUGGGUGAAAUAGAGGAAAAGACAAAGUCUCUCCGAGCUGCACCUCUGCGUAACAACUUACCAGAUGAUGCCUCUUCAAUUGAUAAAUUCAAGAAUUUGCUCUACACUUCUGCAAUGACUGUGCCUGCUAAAGCAUCUGAACUUUACUUGGACGCAAGGAAAAUGAUUGAAGAACAAGUUCAGGGUUACACCGAACCAUAUGCUGAGAAGCUUCUUCCUGACUUGCAUCCCAUGGAGCAACAUGUCUUUACACUAGUUCUGGAUCUUCAAGAAACACUACUUUACUCUUAUUGGACGAGAGAAAAGGGCUGGCAGACAAUAAAAAGACCUGGAGUUGAUGCCUUCUUGGAACAUCUAGCUCAAUAUUUUGAAAUUGUUGUGUUUUCCGACUAUUCAAAUAUGUAUGUAGAUCCUGUUAUGGAGAGAUUGGAUACCAAGCAUUGUGUGCGAUAUAGGCUAGGAAAGGCUGCUACUAAGUAUCAGAACGGAACACAUUACAGGGAUCUUUCAAAACUAAACAGGGAUCCUGGAAAGGUUAUCUAUCUGAGUGCCCAUGCCCGAGAAAACAGCCUUCAGCCUGAGAAUGGUGCUGUAAUAAAGCCAUUUAAGCUUGAAAAUGAUGACACAGCCCUUCUGGACUUCAUACCAUUUCUUGAAUUUGUUGCCCGUAAUCCUCCAGCUGAUAUAAGAAAAGUCUUAGCAUCUUACGAAGGCCAUGAUAUUCCAGAGGAAUUCAUUCGACGAUCGAAAGAGCAUCGGAGGCGGAUGCAAGAACAGAAGCAACAAGGACGGUUGUGGAGACGUUGAGAGAGAAGUCACAGCUCGGCUCAGCUAUGUAAGAAAGAAAAAGCAACCUCUGAAGCUCAAACUACACAGUUUCUUCAUUCCGGGGUUUGUGAAAAUAUGGAGAUUGGAGAGUGAAAACAGUAUUUAUAUAAGUUGUGAAGCCAAGAUAGAUAUGUUGUUGCCUUUAAGGAGGCAAUUCAGUAACAAAAUUUUGAAUCCAUAAUAAUUCUUUUUUACUGCACCAUUGAAAAUGAUACUGACCAUGAGAGUUUGCAAUUUCUCUCUUUUCGGGUUCUUAUUUUUUUUCUUCUUCUUUAGAUGGAAAUCAGAAAUUUUUGCUAACAGUGACGGAAAUUUCUUUCAAAUCAUGCUCUGCUACUCUCAGAUCAUUAUGUUAUGAAUAUGAAUAUGUUUUGGCAA